AGCGGUAGGGAGACAAGAACACCGAGACCACGACGACAAGAUGAACAAGGUUCAGAAGCCCAUGACACAGCCGAUCAACUUGAUCUUCCGCUUCCUCCAGAACAAAUCGCGUGUGCAAAUCUGGUUGUACGAGCAGGUGAGCACGCGCAUCGAAGGCCGCAUCAUGGGGUUCGAUGAAUACAUGAACUUGGUCUUGGACGACGCAGAAGAAUUGGACGUUAAGAACCUCAAGCGAAUCCCGCUCGGCCGCAUCCUCCUCAAAGGCGACACGAUUACACUCAUGAUGGCGGCAGACGGCGGCAACAACUAGACGGACCAUUCACCAGGCGCGUCGACGAUGCACGCAUGUCGAUGCGGCCGCCAAACGUUAGCUAGCAUGGUGUGUGCAAUGUAUUAUGUAUUCCCGUCUCGGUCGCCAAGGAUGCCAAACCUGUCGACCUUUGUCAAUGCAGCUACGAAUUCGUUGCAAUCUCGACGUUGCACAC